CGCGGGGAGUGCGGCUCCGGUCCGCGCCGGGCGCGGUUGUCAUUGGGCUCCAGGGAGCGGCGGCGGCGGUGGCAGCGGGUGUCCGGAGUCGGCAUGGCGGGCGCGUUGGUGCGGAAAGCGGCGGACUAUGCCCGAAGCAAGGAGUUCCGGGACUACCUCAUGAGCACGCAUUUUUGGGGACCAGUAGCCAACUGGGGUCUCCCCAUUGCUGCCAUCAAUGACAUGAAAAAGUCUCCCGAGAUCAUCAGUGGUCGGAUGACAUUUGCCCUCUGUUGUUAUUCUUUGACAUUCAUGAGAUUUGCCUACAAGGUACAACCUCGAAACUGGCUUCUGUUUGCGUGCCAUGUAACAAAUGAAGUAGCCCAGCUCAUUCAGGGAGGACGGCUUAUCAAACACAAAAUGACUAAAAAGGCAUCUGCCUAACAAUGGAAAAUAAAGAACAUGCUUUUUGAAGGGACAGCAUUACCACCUACUGCUGCUGAGUCACAGAUUCCAUCAUCACAAAUAGUCUUGCUAAGGAAAAAUAUGCUGUAUGCUAUUUUUAUUAACCAGACUAUUUUUAUAGAAAUAGCUGAGAGGAUCUAAACCAACUCUCUGCUACCUUACAGAUACUGGAUAUUUUCUCUUCAUAAAGAAUGGCUUUUAAAAUAUGCAAUUAGUUUAAUAAUUUUCAUUGAUGGCUUUAUCUGCCAUAAUAUGUAUAUUAUCUAUUAGAAUUUCCUUGGUGAAAAACUGAAGAGAACAAAAUUUAUGAUUACUUUGCAUUUAAGGACUCAGAAUUUUUGACAUUUUCUUUGAUGACCACAAGACAACCAAAGGCUGUCCUCAGGCCUAAAAUCUUAUUUCCAGUGUUUGAAAAAUUUAUCUGUGUAUUUCCAUGCAGUGUGUAUAUUGAAAUGCUGUAACUUAAAGGCAAUAAAUGAUUUAAAUAUUUCCUAAAUA